AUGAUGCCGAAAGAGGUCGUCUGCCCUCUUCCGCAGCUUCUGGCGUCCACGGUGAGGCUUGUCCUCGGUCCUACAUUGAGCCGAGUCCAGUCGAUCGAAAUCUGCCAGGAUGACGAACUCAAAAGGAUACAGAAGGGGAACGCGGGUGAUGGAUCUAUACAGAAAGGGAUGCCCCAUAAAAUCUACCAUGGGAAAACGGGGCGUGUUUUCAAUGUCACCCCUCAUGCAGUGGGGGUGAUAGUCAACAAGCGAGUCAGAGGAAAGAUCCUAGCCAAGAGAAUCAACGUGAGGAUCGAGCAUGUGAAGCACUCCAAGUGCCGAAUCGAUUUCUUGAAUCGGGUGAAGGAGAACGAGCGUCUGAAGAAGGAGGCACACGAAAAGGGGAUCGUGGUCAACCUCAAGAGACAACCUGCUCAGCCGAAGCUCGGACACUUCGUGUCGACGAAGGAUAAUGAGCCACAGCUCGUGCAGCCCAUCCCUUAUGAGUUCAUUGCUUGAAUAUCACCUCAUGUGGAAAAUUAAAAAAAAUACUAUUUAGAA